AUGGAGCCGCUUGAGAUCUCUUGUCUUACCCUUGUGACUUGUGUCACUUGCCUGAUUUUCCUUUUGGUGUGGAGGAAAAGUCACAAAAUGAGAAGGCUCCCCCCUGGCCCAACUCCCCUUCCCAUCAUUGGGAAUAUGCUGCAGCUGAACUUCAAGGACAUCCCUGCAUCCAUCUCCAAGCUGGCUAAGGAGUAUGGCCCUGUUUAUACCCUGCACCUUGGACCCCAGCCCACUGUGGUCUUACACGGAUAUGAGGCAGUGAAGGAAGCUCUGAUUGAUCGGGGUGACGUAUUCCUCGGCAGAGGACGUAUGCCAAUUAUUGAGGAUACCCAAAAAGGAUAUGGAAUCAUUUUCAGUCGUGGAGAGAGGUGGAAGCAAAUGAGGCGGUUCUCCCUCAUGACCCUGAGGAACUUUGGAAUGGGGAAGAGAAGCAUUGAGGAGAGGGUCCAGGAGGAAGCCCAGUACCUUGUGGAGGAGCUCAGGAAAACAGAGGCUCAACCCUUUGACCCCACUUUCAUCCUUUCCUGUGCUCCUUGCAACACCAUCUGCUCCAUUCUCUUCAAUGAGCAUUUCCAGUACCGUAAUGAGAAAUUCCUCUACCUGAUGAAUUUAUUAAAUGAAAAUUUUAGGCAAAUAAACUCUCCGUGGAACCAGAUUUAUAAUCUCUGGCCAACUCUCAUAAAACAUCUUCCUGGAGAGCACAGAACAUUCUCUAAAAGACUUAAUGGUGUUAAGUAUUUUGUACUGGAAAAAGUGAAAGAGCAUCAAGAGUCUCUGGAUCAUAAUAACCCUCGGGACUUCAUUGAUUGUUUCCUCAGCAAGAUGGAGGAGGAGAAAAACAACACGGAGUCUGAAUUUGUUUUGGAGAACUUGGUCACCUGUGCAAGUAAUUUGUUUGCGGCAGGAACAGAGACAACCAGUAGCACCCUGAGAUUUGGGCUCCUGCUCUUGAUGAAACACCCUGAAGUGGAAGCCAAAGUUCAUGAAGAAAUUGACCAUGUGAUUGGACGCAACCAAAGCCCCUGCAUGAAGGACAAGAUGAAGUUACCCUAUACAGAUGCCGUGUUGCAUGAGAUACAAAGAUUCAUCACCCUCCUUCCUUGUAGCUUACCCCAUACUGUGAUCCGGGACACAAAAUUCAGACAAUUCAUCAUCCCCAAGGGUACUACCAUAUUGCCACUAUUGUCUUCCGUCUUGUUCGAUUGCAAGCAGUUUCCCAACCCAGAGAAGUUUGAUCCAGGCCACUUUUUGGAUAAAAAUGGCAGCUUCAAGAAAACAGAAUAUUUUGUGCCUUUUUCCCUUGGAAAACGGGCCUGCGUUGGAGAGAGCCUGGCCCACAUGGAGCUAUUCCUGUUCUUCACCACCAUUAUGCAGAACUUCUCCUUGAAGCCCCUAGUUGAGCCAAAGGAACUAAACAUCAAACCUCUUGUUACCGGGCUUCUCAACAUUCCACCACCUUACAGGUUAUGCUUUAUUCCUAGAUAA